CGCCGACAUCUAUCCGCCGUGAACAUCCACUCAUUCAGUGUGAUUCUGGCAGCCGUUGCAUUGUCAUACACGCAAUCACCCUUCAUAACUACACGAUGUCACGGCAAUUCAGAUACCCUUUCGCAGACUCGCCAGACAUAAUACGGUCGCACCAGAAAGAUGCAUACUUCAGCGGCGUGCUCCUCGAGCAGCUAUCGACCCUCCUGCGCAAGUCAUACGGCGCACGCUUCGCCCACACAUAUGCCUCCGAAGCGCGUGUCUUCGGUGAUGUUCUCUAUCUCGGCCUCACGACGCUGAUUGGUAAUCGAACGCUCGGAGAAGAGUACUGCGACAUCGUCCAGAUAGAAGGCGAGAACGGGCGACUACCCGCGCUGGGGCGAAGAGCAGGAUACAUUUUAAGCUGCAUACUGGGGCCAUACAUGCUAGGAAAGGCCCUACCAGCCUUCAGGCGAAGGAUCAGAGCGAAACUCGAGGCAAACAUGAGGAAAUACGCCCGGACGCACGCCAAAGCGCAGCAACACGCGAAAGAGAGCGGGACGAAGGCGCCCUCGAUGCCAUUAGCCGCACGGCUGCAGAACUAUCUUCUCCAGAAUCUGGAUACCUUCACAUCGCCAUCGCCCAUCCACGCCAUCUCGCUGGCGACGUUUUACUUUGCCGGCUCAUAUUACCAUCUCUCGAAACGACUAUGGAAUCUGAGGUACAUCUUCACGCGCAAGGUGGAGGAAAGCGAUCAGCGCGUCGGCUACGAGGUUCUGGGAGUUCUGUUGAUCCUCCAGAUGGCAGUGCAGUCGUACCUACAUCUUCAAAACACAAUCUCGCGAGAUACCGUGAGCACGGGAGCACUGGGCGCAGGCACAGGAGCCACGGCCAUCGUCGGAGGCGGCGUGGAAGUCUCGCUCGACCCGAACGCCUAUAGCCCGAACAACGCACUGCUGUUCGAAGCCGCCAACCCUGCGUCGUCGUCUGCGCCGACGGAUCUUCACAAGUGGACGCACACGCCUGCCGCGGACCACGCCAGAUACGAGCUCGGCGACGAGGGCACGAUGGGCUGGAUCGGUGGGGAUAACAGGAAGUGCACGCUUUGUUUGGAGGAGAUGAAGGAUCCGAGUGUGACGACGUGCGGGCAUGUGUUCUGCUGGACGUGCAUCAGCGACUGGGCGAGGGAGAAGCCGGAAUGUCCCCUCUGUAGGCAGAGCUGUCUGGCGCAACAUGUGCUUCCUCUACGGGGCUAACCACGACUUGUGUAUAUCGAACGUUGACUUUUAAAUACCCGCAGAUCUUUUAGUUUAUAUGAUACUUGUAUAGUACAGCAAAAUUUACGGAUUCGUUACCCAAUUUCAGGGGCUAUAAUCAGAU